GCGAAGUCGGGCAAGGCACACCUCACUCCAUCCACACCUCAACAUGCAUACUGUUGCUGCUGUGGCUGUUGUGGCCAUUGUUGCCUCUGUGCUCUGUGUGUCGGUGACGGCUCGGCCGACGCCGCCUGCCUUUUGCCAGGACCCGCCCUCGCUGCACUUCUGCUCUGUUCUUCCCGGCCAGGGCGUGCCUCUUCCUGCGCCCAUUUCUGAUGAUGACACGGUCGAUGUCUGGGUUCUCCAGGCUCCUGUCUGGGAGUUCAUCCCUCUCCUUGGCAACAUCACCAAGGAGCUCAAGCUCAUCCACACAGCCAUCGGGCUCGUCGUCAACUCGACCGGCGCAGAGUACUCGUUUGAGGCCGAGGGCCUCUUCGAGUCGCCCAACGCUUCGUUCCCGUACAUCGUCACCAACGCGUCAGCGCCCAACGGCAAGGAGCUCAUCCAGUGCGAUGCUGGCGGUGUGUGCUGGGACGCCGGCAUCGACUGGGACUACUACACUGAGGACAAGAUCAAGUUGGGCACCAUCAACGGGACGGUCUUCAACAAGCUCAUGAAGUGGAUUCCCAUGGACAACGACACGUACUCGAUCACCUACGAGACGUUCCGCGUCAUGUCCGAGUGGGACAACGGCGAUGGCAAGGUCUACUUUGAGUCAUACACCUGCGAUGACUAUGCUUGGCGAGUCCUCGGCCUCCUCAAGACUUGGGGCGCCGACUUUGCUGAUGUGGCCCCGGCCCGCGUCUACCUCAACUUCUACGUCGGCGACAACGCGCCGACCAAGGUCGACCAGAACGAUCCGGCUUCCAUGGCCAAGGUCAUCGACUACUUUGAGCAGUACAACAUUCUUGAGCGCGGCAACGAGUGCGCAAAGUCCAAGACAGUCGUCGACAAGGCCGUCUGCGCCUUUGAGGUCCUCGAGAAGACCUUUGAGUGGCUCGAGAACUCAAAGUACAUCAUCUACUUUGGCGAAAUCUACUGGCUCGACCAGGUGCCCAACGCCGAGGGUCUCUCCUUUGACUGGAAGUACGUUCCGACGCCCAUCACCCCGGUCGCAGCCUAGUUGAUCUCAUCCCACCUACAUCAAACACGUUUCGUCCUCA